CCAAAGAAGAAGGUCAGCUGACUCAAGCUAGUCAGUUUAGCAGCAACUGGAAGUUUCUUCUACUGGAAAUACAUAAUAUAUGAAUAAGACAGUUGUUUAGCAGAUUGUUUAUAUUUGCAAUCUUGUAGCUGCAUCUCUGCAUACAUUAAAGGUAAAACAGAAUGAAAGGUUUAUACUGCCGAGCUGGUGUGAGUGAUGCUGAGUUCAAGUUCGUUAUUCAGGAAACGACUCUUCCAGAGGUUUUAGGCAGCCAUCAGGUCAGAGUUCGGGUAAAGGCAUGUGGGCUCAGCCCACUGGACCUCAAGUUGCUUGCUGACAUGGGGAUCCAGAGAGAUUUCACACCUGUUGGCAGAGAGGUGGCCGGGGUCGUCAUGCGAGUGGCCGACGACGUCUCUUUCUUCCAGCCGGAGGAUGAGGUUGUAGGUAUUCUGCCUCUGGACUCUCCCUGCUCUGGACUCUGUGAUCACAUUGACAUAGAUGAAUAUUUUUUAGUUCAGAAGCCGGAGAAGCUCAGCUCGGUGUGUGUUGCCGGAGCGCUGCGUGACGGUGUUUGUGCUUACACUGCUCUACACACACAUGCUCGCAUGGCAGCCGGACACACACUCCUGGUCAUGGAUGGAGCAAGCUCUUUUGGCCUUAUGUGCAUCCAGUUAGCUUGUUAUCACGGUGUGAAGGUUCUGACAACAUCACACUCACCGCAAAAACACACAUUCCUGGAGCAGCUUCGGCCCAGUGUAGCCAAGGUUAUUCCAGUGUAUAACGGCUCAUCAGACCUGCUGCCAGUGGUUUUGGAGGAGACAGGAGGACUGGGAGUGGAUAUAGUCAUAGAUUCUGGAGUGCGUCUCCAAGAUGAGGAGGAGUCAGAGCUACUCCCACACAAACAUGAUAUUAUCAGUGCGCUGGGAGUGGGGGGGCACUGGGUCACGUCCCACAAAGACCUGCAGUUGGAUCCUCCAGAUUGCAGAUUUCUUUACUUAAAAUCAGCCUCUGUGACUUUCCUCAACCACGAAGUGUGGACGACUUCAUCAGCUCAGCAAGGGCGAUACCUCCAUAUUCUGAAGGACAUUGUGGAGAAGAUGUCAGCCGGAGUACUCAGACCCCAAGCUGAGGAGGCGGUCCCUCUCUAUGAAGCCACAGUUGCCAUGGAGGCUGUCCAGCGUCACCAGAAGCAAAAGGCGGUUGUUCAACUCUGACCAAAACACAUUCAGACAUUCACCUGGGGUCACCUCCCUCUACAAGCGUUUAAUAAAGCAAGUGAACAAUUACA